ACUGCUGCAUUCCAGUUAUAGAAAAGGGAUUUUUAGUUUUCCAUUCGCAUCAUCCGCAACGCCGUCCAGUUUGAGGAUUUUCAAGAAAAAAGUGUUGUGUGAAUGGGUAGAAGAGAUUGGUCAGGUCUCCCCGACGAACUGUUGACAAAGAUCGGUCAAUAUGUCAGCGGUCACUUCGAUAUGAUCCGAUUUCGCAGCGUAUGUAGGCGAUGGCGACAUUCAUUGCCCCUUUCUCACACAAAUAAUUGGCAUCUCCAACUCCAAAUUACCCUCCUUAAAGAACCCAAACCCGAUUACCGGAUUCGAAUCCCUUUACCCUUCUAUGAAUCAUACGAUCCUGAAUUAGAAGCUGAAUCAUCACCUUACCAUACAGUGCCUUCAUCUAUUGUUAAAACUACUGUGUGUAUCAUCAAUCAAUCUUCAUUGCUUAAGCUUGAAGAAACCCAACAAGAAGAGUAUGAUGACAAGGUUUGUAUGGUUCUUGUUCUUUGUGACCAUGGAAGGUUGCUUUUAUGGAGAAAUGGGGAUGAACAUAUGAAGGAAAUAAGUAACAAGUUUCGUUAUGAUGAUAUUGCAGUUUAUAAAGGACAUUUUAUUGCUAUAGACAGAUGGGGAACUGUUUCAUUUGUUGAUUCUUCUUCUUUAACGGUGAUACAAUACACUCCUCCUGUUUUAAGUGGCGGUAAAAAGAAAAAUUUAGUGGUAUGUUCUGAACAACUUUAUGUAGCUGAUAGAUACUUUGAUCGAGCUAGAACAAGUCAAAAUCCUUAUGGUAAAUGGGAUCCAAGUGUGGUUGAUUUUAAGAUUUAUAAGUUGGAUGAAGAUUGGGGAAGAUGGAUUGAGAUCACGAGUCUAAAUGAUCAGAUUUUGUUCUUGGGAAAGGUAUUAAAUUUCUUUGUUCCAAUUAAGGAACUUAGUGGAUGUAAUAAAGGGAAUUGUAUUCAUUUCAAGGGUGAUGAAUUUAUAGGAUCAAAAAGUCAUGGUGUUUCUGUCUUCGACUUGGCUGAUCGAAGGAUUGGGAGCAUAUUAUCUUUCCCUGGUUGCUCUGAUAUGCUUUGUCCUCCAUCAUGGUUCACUGCAAAUUAAUAUGGAACAUGACAUUAGAUGUAACUAUGAUUUCAGGUCUUGUGUUCAAAAGGUAUCAUUAUGGUAUCUUCUUUAUAUCAACUUUCCUCAUUGCUUGUUUCUAAAGGUGAACAAAUCUGUUUAAGUUUGUUUGCUGCAAGCAAGUAAUGUUCUUGAUUUGUCUUGUUUGAUCAUUAUGUGGAAAAUAAGGGCUUGACUGAUGUUUGUGAAGAA